GUAGGAGGACCGCCGUCCUUCCUCGCCCCAACAGCCCUAUCCCACCACAUGCACAUAGCUCGCGCCGGCAAGCUCGUUGCCAUGGGAUCGGCCAAUGAGGAGGCGCCACGUGGCAUCGUGUCUGUCGCCGGGGCGGCUACGGCUGCUCCUGCACCUGUGGUGUACCGAGAGAGGCGAGCAGGAGGCGUCGGCAGUGGGGUGCGGGAGAUUGUAGCAGCACCUGUGAGAAACCCUAACGCCCCUGUUGCUGAACCUGAUGCUGUGGAAGGGGGGGUUGAGGAAGCAGAGGGCUCUGACGCAGUGAAUGGGGAUGCGACACGUGGCAGAAAGGCAGUGGGCGUGUCGAUGCCUCCUAAAGCCGACGCUGUGGACUUGCUCAG